CCUCGGCUGCGGCUCAACCACGACACAGCAAUACGCUAUCCACGCCGAGCAUCGUCCGCCUUAAAUUACUCUCAAAGAGCAUCACGAACUACUUCAUCCUCCAUGGCCGUGCCGUCCUCGCGCACGAUGACGGUCCCGCACUGGCGCUUCAUUCUCUAUGGUGGCUGCGCCGAGACUUGCCCAUACGCUAGCCGCCAGCGGGACAUUUCGCGAAAGCUCCAGGCCGUUGCCGGCAGGGUGUCCGCUCUAGAGGAUUGUCCCGUGUUUAAUGCCGGGCGUGGCUCAGCGUUGAACCGUGACGGGAUCCACCAGAGAAGUGCUCUCUUGGAGCAGAGGCCACAUACGAUGCUUGUCGGCGGGGCCGCCGAUGAGGCGGCCAAGGACCUCGGCUUCGACACAGUUGCCAACAGCUAUUUCACGACGCUAUUCCGCAAAGCUAACUGGCAGAGCACGGCUGAGCAGGGGCACGUCAGAGCUGUCCCGGACAUGGGCACUGUCGGUGCCGUCAUCCUCGAUAGCCACGGAUUCCUGGCUGCCGGCGGGUCGACUGGAGGACCUACAGGAAAACACCCUGGUCGAAUUGGCGACACGGCCGUCCUCGGUGCUGGUCUGUACGCAGACGCACAACUGAGCGUUCUUUGCAGCCUCGGCGAUGCCGCUCGUCGGGCUUUGCGCGGCGUCUCUGCUACUGGAGCGUCGUGUGCCUUGAUCGCACUCGACGCAGACGGCAACGCCGCGGUCGAGUCCACCGCCCGGCUCUUUCCGGUGGCCUGGGGAUCCUCCUCGUCGGACACUCCCAUCACCCGCCUUUGUCCGGCCACCAUUCCUAUUCUUCCAUGCCAUGAAAUCCACAACGACGGCCAGCUCUUGAUCGGGCAUUCUCGCCACCCCACAACACCGGGGCACGUUUUGACCAUGAUCUCAACAACAGCCUCUCUCCUUGGCAAGCACUACAAGGUGGGACGAUGCGCACUUGUCACAGAAGGCGGCAGUUCCCUAGCGCUCUUCCCGCUCCAUGGUUUAGGUGAGGAGUGGAAGCCAAUCACUAGCGACUUCACCGAGUUUCACGAAAGCUUCCCGGGAUACAUGUCCUCAAAGGAUGGACCUCGAAUGGCAGCCAAUAGACAGGACGAUAUCUGCGCCAAGAUUCAAACCGUCUCUGGGUUGUCCGCACCCUUCGACAAUCACUUCGAUGGCGAAGAGGAUGAUGCCAAUCUCUUUGCUCGCAUCGUUCAAGGCAAGCUUCAACAAUGGCGCCUAUGGGAGGACGAUAACCAUGUAGCAUUUCUCACCCCUUUCGCCAACACUCCCGGUUUCACGGUUCUCGUCCCGCGCAAGCAUCUAUCUAGCGACAUCUUCUCCAUCGACAAAGAGCCGUUUUCCAAGCUGAUGAUGGCAGCUCACCGUGUCGCGGGAUUUCUCCGGCAGGCCCUUGGGACCAGGCGAUGCGGUAUGAUCUUCGAGGGAUUCGCGAUCGACUAUGCGCACGUCAAACUCAUCCCCAUACACGAUAGCCUGGCAGCACAUGAUCCGGUCAUGACCGUGGUGCCAUUUCACGAGACGUACCAAGGUUAUGUGAGCUCGCUGAGUGGGCCAUUGGUCAAGGACGUCGAAUCCCUCACAUGUGCUACGCUCGACAUUCGCGGCAUGUAUCGCCUCGAACCCGCCAGGUCCCCACGCUCUUGGACUUCUCCAUCAAAGCAUCUAUCUGCUGUCCUUCAGAAUCCCUGGUACAAGAACCUCUUCCUUGCUCAAGAUGUCCUCUUUCACAUCUCUGUCGCCUUCUUCCAGAAGAAACUUGGCUACAAAUACUGUUUCCUACCCGCGAUUACAGAAGCUGUCAGCUCGCCGAUGGGUUUAGGCUCCGACUCGGAGCCCGUACCUAUCCUUUUUCUAGGCCAGGCGACACAUCUUGCAGACUCGAUGCAGUUGUACCUGGAAUACAUGCUUCGCAUCCAUGACAACGUGCCUGGCGUCUACUACUUCGAUACCUCUUUUCGAGGCAAGAUGGCCGAUGCAGUGCACCUUAACCAGUUCUGUCAUGUCGAGUGCGAGCUUCUCGUUUCCAUUUUCCAGCAGGAACACGAGAAGCUGGUCAGAACCGUGGCUGGAACAACCGACCAUCUGGUCGCUUUGCUUGAGAAUUUCCGUUCCCAUGGCGGCAAGUUCCCCCAGAUUAGCGUCGAUGAUGCCCUGGCACUCCCCAUGAUGGUCGGCGACUGCUGGAAGUACGUUUUAGCAUCCAACCAGACCAGAGGACGAACGCUUGCGCGCAGGGGAGAGCUAAAAUUAAUCGAGCAUUUCGGUGGUGCCGUUUGGCUUACAGAAUUUGACCAUCUCAGCGGGCCGUUUUACCAGGCGUUCUUGGAUGAGACCCACACAAAAGCGCGUUGCGCGGAUCUGCUGCUGGGCCUAGGGGAGGUCCUAGGUCUCGGCGAAGGAUACAUGCUGGCUAUGGACGUGGUCACAGCCCUUGAACAUCACCAAGUUUCGAUCGACGGAUAUGCGUGGUACACAGAGAUCAAGAGAGAAGGCCUAUCCUGA